GAAAGAAUAAGAACAGAUAUUACAUACAUCAUAAGAAAGAAUAAAAGUUAACAAAGUCUCUCACCAUGUCCAAGCAAUUUGUGUCAUAUGUUAUGGUUUUGAUGGUUCUCUUCUCAGUGUUAUUGGUUAUUCCACAAACUGAGGCACAAAAGAGAUGCAAACAAGUACUAGAGCCGGGGACACAAUGUGAGUUGUCAUGGUGCAGGGAAUCAUGUCUCAAGAAGUUAAACGGAUUCGGAACCUGUGUUGAGAAUCCACCAGGCUCUAGUAAAUAUACCUGUAAUUGUUUCUACAAUUGUUAGGCACCAUGUUUUUUUUACAAGAGUCGAUGAUGUAAAACUACUUAAAUUUUAAUAAAAUCUAGGACAACUAUAACAGUUUGAACGUUUAUUUUUCCCCCGGAUAAAU